GGCUUUUUUAGGAAUGCACCACAGGUGUGGUCAAAAUCAAGUGACCCACUUGACCUCAUGGUCUCAGAAACCAAGGACCCGUCCCCUAUGCCCACUGAAGAUGGAACGUCUGAGCUCACACCUUCAGUUACUCCCUGUGCUUCCCGUGGGUGUGACAUCCCAGGACUGGGAACACACUGGAAGGUUAUGACUGGAGUCCUGGCGUUGUUCCUCCUCCUGCUUUUCUUCCUCCUGCUCUGUCUCAUCCUCAUCCGACACCGGCGUUGGUACAAAAAGAAGGCUGAGGAUGCGGCUGGAGCCAAGGGAAAUGGAAUCAGGGUGAGAAUAAAAAGUGGUGAACAUGAGGCGGAAGAUUCCAUACUCUCCCACGUUCUGGGGUAGCCUUGGAAACGUGUAGUGUGAUUAAAAUCCUAAAGGAACUCUCUGGCU